AGUCCCAAACCCCACGAAUAAAAUAAAAAUCUAGGGUUACAUACAUUACAUUCAUUUUCCGGUCUGCGUCUCUCUUCCCCUAUCUUUCUGUGGUUGAAGUUCUUAAAGUGAUGGAGUCACCACCCAGUAAUCACCACACCGUCGACGGCGAUGCCAACGACGUUAGAGCCUUCUCCCACCGCGACGACGAAGACGACAAGCCCCAACCUCUCACCGGCGACGGUGCCAGUCCCGGAAAGAUUUUUAUUGGCGGUUUAGCGAGAGAAACCACUAUUGCUCAAUUCAUCAAGCACUUUGGUAAAUACGGUGAGAUAACGGAUUCCGUUAUCAUGAAGGACCGGAAGACCGGCCAGCCUCGCGGCUUCGGCUUCAUAACUUACGCUGAUCCCUCUGUGGUUGAUAGAGUUAUUGAGGACACUCACAUUAUCAACGGCAAGCAGGUGGAGAUUAAGAGGACGAUUCCGAGGGGUGCAGUUGGCUCGAACUCUAAGGACUUCCGAACCAAGAAGAUUUUUGUUGGUGGAAUUCCUUCUACUGUGAGUGAAGAUGAAUUUAGGGAUUUCUUUACACGCUAUGGAGAAGUCAAAGAUCACCAGAUAAUGCGGGAUCACUCUACUAAUCGAUCACGUGGCUUUGGGUUUAUUACCUACGACUCUGAAGAUGCUGUUGAUGAUCUCUUAGCUGUGGGGAACAAAAUUGAGUUUGCUGGAGCUCAGGUGGAAAUCAAGAAGGCGGAACCAAAAAAGCCCAAUCCACCAGCCCCAUCAUCCAAGCGAUAUAAUGAUGAGCGGUCUUCAUAUGGUGGUGGAUAUGGAGAUGCUUAUGAUGGAUUUGGUGGUAAUUUUGGUAUGGGUGACUAUAGGUCAGGUGGUGCCUAUGGUGGUAGGGGAAGUGCUUAUGGUGGCUUUGGAAGUGAAUUUGGUGGUUAUGGAAGAUAUGCUGGUGCCAUGGGGCCUUAUAGAGGUGAUCCUUCUCUUGGGUAUGCUGGUAGAUAUGGUGGAGGCUUUGGCAGAGGCUAUGAUCUUGGUGGGUACGGUGGAGCUAAUGAGGGUUAUGGGGCAUAUGGUGGUGGUGGUUCCUCUGGUAAUGCUUAUGGAAGCAGCUAUGAUGCCAGCCUAGGGGGUGGAUAUGGAGGAGCUGGUGGAGGCUCCUUUUAUGGGACUAGAGGGGGAUAUGGUGGUGCAGGAACUGCUCGAUAUCAUCCUUAUGGAAGAUAGAAGUUUGUCAUCUCAGAAAUAUAGUCUAGGGCUAAUAUGUCUAGUAUCAAAGCAAGUUUGUAGUUUGUUGUGUUUGAUCAUUCAGUUCUUUAGGCUACAUAUUUGCCUUUUCUUAACGAAAGAUCUGUCAGUGAUAAUUUUAUUGUUAAGCCCAUUAAUUAUCAGCAGCACACUAUCGCCAGCUAUAGAAGACCAAAAAAUUUUUGUUUAGCUCGGCCCACUGGAAGCUGCAAAAUGUGCACAUGGUUGUACUCUUAGUUUUGUUAAUGGCUACAUUUGUCAUUAAUGCUCUGUACGUUUAUUUAAUUUUUAUAUACUUUCAGACUGUAAGAUAGAAA